GCCGAUUAUAUCAUGAUCAUUCUGUUUCAGUUCUGGUAUUUCGCCAGCAUGUAUCUCCUGACAGCCAUCAACGUGGAGAGGUGUCUCUCCGCUCUCUUCCCACUCUGGUACCGGUGCCGCCGCCCCAAGCACUUCACCCAGAGAAGACACCCGGGGAAAAUCUACGUCGCCAUCCUGCUUAGUGUCAACUUCAUGUUAAUCCUUGGGCUUCCCUUCAGCAUAGUGGUUUUAAUCUAUCCUGUUUUCUAUGAAACGGCUUUCAUUUAUAUUUCCUGCCUCCUGACGUCACUGAACAGCAGCGUCAAUCCUGUCAUCUAC